UUAUUCAAGCCCCUUCGCCACGACAAGGCAUUGAUCCAUGAAGGGGAACUUGUACAGUACUGUAUUUUAAUGUGAGAGAUGCUUAUGCUUCCCGCACCCAUAGAACUAGGUUUAUUGUAUAAAUGUUGUUUUAUAAUAGCACAAUAUAAUAGUAUUGCUGUUGUAAAUCAAAGGCUAGUGUUUCAUUUAUUUAUUUAAAAGAUUUAAAUCUGUGGCUAGGACAGUCUUCCCUAGGUAAGGCCAUGGUUGCAAAACCAGCCCAAGCAACCACCAUCACUUGCAUCUCCCUAGUCAGGGCUGGGUCCAGGAACAUUCCCUGACCCUGACUGUACCUGACUGUUCAGAAAAAAUGACAGCACCCAGGGAAGUUAGAUAAUACCAUUUCUCCAAAUGCAGCCCAUAGGUUAAGCUGAUGUGGACACAUAAGUGAAUAGCAAGACUGAGAAACCAGGCAAAGAAGGACAAGAAUGAGGCAGUGAGGAACCGUGCAUGAGCUAUACCUUGUGAUUUUUGGGAGAGACAAGGGACUAGAAAGCAUUUAACAGCUGUAACAGCAUGCAGUGUUUUAUUUAUGAGCUAUAAACUGCUAAAUUAUGUAACAGUUAAAAGCAGAAUCUGAGAGUUCUGAAAUUUUGUAUAUAAAACACAAAAUGCUAUGAAAGAGCAGCAGGAAGGUAGUUUUCUAAGCUUAAAAGCAACAGCAAUUACUCAGGUGCUCAAAUCUUUGUAAAUAACUUGUGAUGAAGGGUUUACUUGGUGGUGGCAUUGACUGUUCAUAUGACUUUGGUCUAUAAUUACACGUCUAACAUGUUUAUUUUACUUUUCUUAUAAUGUACAAAUCUCAGAUGAAUUUACAUCUCAAGUUAGUGUGAAGUAAAAAAAGCCUGCAGACUAUAACAUGUUUUCAUGUACAUUAAAGAAAACAUUUAGGUUUGCACUAUUGAAAUGGAUUAAAGCACUCCGGCACAACAAACUGGACUAGAAAAUACAGGAUGACAAUCAGUUGACAGGCAAUAUAACCUCCACACAAACCAAAGCUCAAUAAACAUCAUAUAAUCUCUUUGCUAGCUUUGUGCAAACCAACUAGGAUGAAUGUGUAAUAAACAGGUUGUCUGGAAGUGACCCUAAAGAAACUUAGCCUGCCUCAGGAUGGAGUGUGAUGCCUUCAGGUGCCAUUGCUGGAGAUGGUACUUGCCAGAAGCCUUAGACAUAUUAAGGAUUUAUUUGCUGUGACUGUUUAACUGUCAGGGCCGGCUCUAGGUAUAAUCCCAGGGGCGCCAGGGCGCCGCACGGAAGCCAUGCUGCGCGCGGUGGGGGGCGGCAGAGCAAUCUCAGCGCCAGGGCACUCGACCUGCUCGAGACUACCCUGUUAAAGGCGUUAAUCAGAGAGUUCACUAUAGCAGUUUGAAUCAUAAAUGAUUCUUCAAGGCAACGGACUUAUUGCCUCUCAAAAGGUUUCUUUUAUUAAAUCAAAUGGCAUGAAGUUCUGCCAGUGGAUUGUUUUGUCUUGUAUUGUUUUUUAGUAGAACCAUACAAAUGAAAUGGCAAUGUGAUUUCCCCAGAGCAAUUUGUUUUCACUGGUCCUGGGUUGAACUGAAUUGACUGUCAAUAUUUUCCUGCCUAGAUAUAUCUAGCAUAGUUUUGAGGAGGAAAAUUGUUUAAAAUUCUAUGAAAAGGUGUGUGUUUUUUGUAACCUUCAUUGUUAAAUGUUAGAAGUAUUACAUAAUUUAAUGUAUUUUUGUGGAACAGCUAUGUAAUAAUUAUUAAAGUAAUCCAGCUUAAAUUCCCAUUAUAUUAUAGAAUUGGAUGGCAGGGCCGUCUUAAGCAUAUCUGGUGCCCUGGCGCUGUGGUGCGAAGAUCCCUCCGGCGCCCCCGGCGCCGUGUUUCCCAGCACCCCCCCCCCUGGCGCCCUGGCACCCUGCGCCACCCAGCCUUGCUGUAGGGCUGGCCCUGUUGGAGGGCCUUUAUUCUGCAGUAUGAAACAGCUGUUAGUAGGAAGUGAAUAAAAAUAUAGCUGGAACUCCUGUUGGGUCCCCACAUAACACAAUUAUCCAUGAGCUAUAAAAUCGAAAUUUGUGCAAAUUUGCACAAGUUCUUGCUUUGUUUAUUCAAAAAUAUGAAAUAUAGACCAGUGUAUCCAUUAUUCCCAUACUCUUCCCAUCUCUAUUUACAGUUGAAGGCAUAGCUGAAAAGAAUCUAAGAGUAGUGUUCACUGUUACUCAAAAUAGACCUACCGAAGUUUAUCUAUGUAUUUUUAUUAACAUUUUUCUUAGUUUACAAAAGUACAUGCCUCUUUUCUCAAGUUGUACAGUCUUUUCUACAGAUCAGUUACAUUUGUUAUGGGACAUUAGUGUUUUCUAGAUAGCUUCUCUUUCUAUUCGCUUGUUACGUUUCCUUGGUAGUGAGAGAAGUUGGGGGCUCAGGGUAUGGUUGGUUGUCUGUGGUUGGCUGCAGUGGGGUUCUUUUGCCUUUGUGAGGGGGGGUGGGCUUGCUGUGUCAAGUAAGCCAGAUUGCUUCGUAUGCUGUUGGUGAGUUCUUGCUUGGUUUUGUAUGUGAUAAAGGGGAGCCAUACUUGGGUGAAGGCGUUUCAGUUUCAGUUUAUUGGUUAGCUUUUCUAGUAAGGCUAUUUCCCAUUGGUUCUUGUUCACCCCUGACAGGUCUCUCCAGUGUCUGGCUGUGAGGCUUCUGGUUACUGAGAGUAGGUGGGUUAUAAGCUCUCUAUAAUGUGAGUGUUCACUGUGAUAUUGGAAGAUGUUCAGUAGGGGGUCAUUCCAUGCCAAAUCACCUGGUGCCAUGUGCUCUGAUGACUCAGAUUUUCUUCAAAAAAAUUUAAUGUGUUGAUAGAUACCUAUGAGAUAACCUCAAAUUAUUUUUAAAAGAUUUUUUGGUCCAAAAUAGGGUGCAGGAGAAUUUUAUUAUUAUUAUUAUUAUUAUUAUUAUUAUUAUUAUUAUUAUUAUUUUCACGUGAUUUAAGCUAAUGCAAUUUCUGCGUCAGUUUAGAAAAAAAACCUUUUUUGCUUAUUUUUUUAACCAAUUGGGCUUAUUUUGGUUUCAAAAUAAAGCUAAUUUUGGUCUCUUUCAAACUAAGGUAUAAAAUGGUAUUAAGUGCCACAGAAAAGGGUCACCGACCAUUCAAAGUGAAUUUUAGUCAUUUUGUACCUUGGUAGGUUUGAUAAACCAUAGCACGCAAACCACAACUAAACAUAUAUCAUACUUUUUUGUAGAUUGGGCUAAUCAUGAACCUGUUAUGUUUUAAAAAUAAGAAGGGUGUUUGUCUGUGGUUAUAAAAUAUUUUUAAAAUAAGUUUUAUUAAUUAUUUAAUAAAAACAAAAUACGUCUCAGAACCCUUGUUCAUUUUAUUGUGUGAAAAACACUUCUGCAAUGAUAUGGUCAAAGCUAUUUUGUUUCCCACUUAUGUAAUAUGGUUAGUGAUGCUGUUUUGGCCACUGUAUGCAAUAUGACCUUUCUGAAUCAGCAAGAAAAAAAUGUGUGUAUAUAUAUUUUACUUUUUGAUUACAGGAUAGUUUGACUAUGGAAAUUCAAGCACUCCUAGACUAUUAUAAUCCACUCGGUGUAAGGGGCUACCCAUGAGAUUAGUUUAGAAGCUGCAGAUGAUGCAGAAUUCUGAGGCCCAGCUGUUUCAAGGCAUUUGCUACCAACCAAAUUCAAAUCUUACUAAUAGUAUAUAAAGCCCUAAGUAACUUGGGGCCAGUGUACUUAAAACAUUUCCUUAUACUUCUGCCCAAUCUACAAUCAUUUGAUGGUGCCUGGCUGUCCUCAACAAAUUAUGCAUUUAGCAUGGUAGCAUCAGCAUUAUAGAACUCUAUACAUAAUGAAGUCAGCAUUGUCGGUAAUGAACUUUGAGUGUCAGCUUAAGUCUUGGUUCUUUCAGCAAGCCUUCUUAUGAAAAAGAUAUAUAGUUUUCAUUUCAUGAUUUAUAGUCAGAUGAAUCAUUUUUGUAAACCUAUUUCUUUAAUGCAUUCUGCUUGAUUUUGUUAUUUUUUUUGUUUUAAUAGAUAUUCUCUACACCACAUGCAUAUGUUUUUGUAUGUGUUUGUGGUAUAGAAAUGACUUAACAACAACAGUAAUAGUAGUACAGGUAUAAGCAUCUGCUUAUACCGAGUCAUACCAACUGUUCAGCUAUCCCAGCACUGUCACCCUGACAACAAUUCCUUAUCUGGAUAUCAGGCAGUGAUUUUUCCAGGCCUGCUGCUUGAGAGCCUUUUAACCAGAGAUUUGGGAAGGACCAUAGUACAGUGGUAGAGCACAAGGUCCUUGGUACAAUCCACAGUCUCCAUUUAGAAAGAUCAAAUAGCAGGUGAUGUGAUAGACUUCUGCCUAGAACUCUGCAGCUAGUCAAAGCAGACAGUGCUAGGCUCAAUGAACAAAUAGUCUGACUAGUAUAAGGCAGCUUCCUGGGUUCUGAUACUUCCUAUGAGAUGUCACAGGCCUUCUCUCAACAAAGCCUAUGAUUUUUCUUUAAGUCAUGGCUAUUUCCUAAAAAAUUAAGUAUAGAGACCUCUUCUCUCACAAUAAGGUAAGAACUGUACAAAUACGCAGGUACCGGUAGGCACCACACAGUUAAGUCACAAAACACUCCGUUUCUUUUACACCAAUUGCUUCAGUGUGAAGAUGCACCUUAUUGAAGGAUGACAUUUUUUCAUGUUUCAAAGCCUCCCCCUCCCUAAAAUUGUUCAUAAAUUGUACACAACUGGCCUGUUGAUUCUGUUCCUUUUUGUUUUGUUUUCAAGCCUAGUUUUGUUUCUUAAUUUUUUUAUAAAAAAUCAAAGACUAAGCUGAAAGAUGGAACAGAAUAUAUCGGAGAAAAAACCAGCCAUCGCCCAGACUGCAGACUUCGAUGUAAUGGGUGCCUUAUACUGGAAAGACGGCAUUGCCACCUUGCCGGGUAGCAACAUACAAUUUCGUUUAACUGAGUUUGGGACACUGGAAAUAAUUACAGAAGUUGAAGCAAAGGCUACAAAAGCUCUCUCUGCAACAUCAAUAAAUACCAGUUCAGCCCUUAACUUGUCUACCUCUUCUGUGCCCAACACCAUAACUGCCUGUGGUACUGAAGUACCCAAGGACAAUAUUCCCAGAUCUGAACUCCAAACCUGUGAAAAUAACAGACACCCUGGGAAAAUGGACUGCUUUGAGAAUUCCCGUCAGGAACCUAGAGACAGUAGAGUCUCUAAGGACACCCCAGCUGACUUUGGGAAACAGACAAGUAGCAGCCAGAUUUAUGAAACAGACAGACCUUCCAAGCGCUUACGAAAAAAGAGGAAGUUGCUUUUGGAUUCUGAAGAUGAGGAAGAAAAUGCAGAUGAUGAUGAGGAAAAAAAUAGAUUGAAUUUGAAAAACCGCAAGAAUGCUAAACCAGUAAAGCAAGUUACUCCUGGAAAGAAGCAUGUGUGGAACUGGCUGUCAUACUUAGAAGAAGAAAAAAUGGCACCUGCUCCACUGAAACUCUUCAAAGAGUCUCAGUCCUUUCCACAAAACAAAAAUGGAUUUAAAGUUGGAAUGAAACUAGAGGGCCUAGAUCCUGAACACCCAUCCUUAUUUUGUGUUCUUUCUGUUGCCGAGGUGCAAGGGUACAGAGUGAGAUUGCAUUUCGAUGGUUAUUCUGAGUGUUAUGACAUCUGGGUUAAUGCAGAUUCUCCAGAAAUCCACCCUGUUGGAUGGUGUGAAAAAACAGGUCACAAACUGCUUCCUCCUAAAGGUUACAAGGAAGGGGAAUUUAAUUGGACAUCAUAUUUGAAGAACUGCAAAGCUCAAGCUGCCCCCAAAGCUCUUUUCAGAGCCCUGAGCACACCAGUCACACCUUCUGGUUUUCGAGUGGGAAUGAAGUUGGAGGCCGUAGACAAAAAGAAUCCUUCCUUAAUGUGUGUAGCAACCAUUGCAGACAUGUUGGAUAAUCGGCUGCUAGUUCAUUUUGACAACUGGGGUGAAAGUUAUGACUACUGGUGUGAUGCUAGUAGCCCUUAUAUUCGACCUGUUGGUUACUGUCAAGAAACUGGAACUCCCCUUACAACACCAGCUGAAUACAAGGAUUUCAAAAGCUUCUCAUGGGAGAAAUACUUGGAGGAAACUGGUUCUCAGGCAGCCCCAGCAAGAGCUUUUAAACUGCGCCCAGCUCAUGGAUUCCAGCCUAACAUGAAACUAGAAGCUGUAGACAAGAGAAAUCCCAUGUUAAUUAGAGUGGCAACCAUAAUUGAAAAAGAUGACCAUCGUGUCAAGAUACACUUUGAUGGCUGGGACCACAGUUUUGAUUUCUGGGUUGAUGCUGACAGUCCAGACAUUCACCCCAUGGGCUGGUGUGCAAAAACUGGACAUGCCUUGCAACUCCCACCAGGGACUGCGGACCCAUCAGGGGCAGUAGGACAGGGAUGCCCUACUCCUGGUUGUCAGGGAUUGGGUCAUGUCAGGGGACCCAGAUAUGGAACGCAUUACACAUUAGUUGGCUGCCCAUAUUCUGAAAUCAAUCGCAGCAGGGAGAGUUCUUUACAAGAUCGUCUUGGUGGAGAAAAACCUUCACCCAGCACUAGUGUUCAGAAGCCCAAGAAACCUGAGACUUCUGCAAGACUUACAGACCUUCAGGAAGACUCUCCACAGUCCAGAAAAUCAUCCACACAAGAUGGGGAGAGAUCGGGACGGAGCAGUGUCCACAGUCUUUCUGAGCAGUCUGAGACCAGCCAAGAGAAGGACUCAGUGGAAGGGGAAUCGUCUGCUGUUACUAAAAUCAAAUCAAAAGGGAUUGGUUGUUCACGUAGCUAUAUACAGCUCCAGCUAGUGAAGCAGGAUGCUGAUGGAAGAGACACAGCAUUUGCUCUGCAGCAGGCCCUCCACCAGUCUAUCUUCAUGCCUUCCCUUUCUGCAAACCCUACCCACCGCCUCCAUCUCUGCUGGGAGCAACACUGCAAGCUGCUGCCGGAGGUCUCUGGCCUCACCGCCAAGAAUGUGGCCAAAUGGAGUGUUGAAGAGGUGGCUGGAUUUGUCCAGCGUCUUCCUGGUUGCAAGGAUCAAGCUGCACUCUUCCGACAAGAGGUAAUCCAGUGCUGUCUAUGUAAUGCUAAUGGCAGGCUACGUCAUCUUGCUAUCUGUUCCAUUUGGAUAAUUUGUGGCACUUGGAGGGGGAUACUGAGAAGAAGAAAAAUCAAAACAAGGCACCAAAGUUAGCCACAUCAAGUUCUGAGAAAAUUCUCAUUCCACAAAUGCUUUGUAUUGUGGAAAUUAAGUAGAUUUGCAUAUUCUGGUCUUUCUGCAUAAUUCUGCUUUCUUACUCAUUGGAGGAAGGUGUGAUACAGAGCAGGGCUAGCUAACAUUAUGCCAUUCCAAAGCUGGGGGACUAUACAUCCCACCAUCCCUGAACCAUGCUAGCAGGGACUAAUGGGAGUUGGAGUCCAACAGCAUCUGGAGAGCACCAUGUUGGUGAGUACUGGCACCUUUCUUUCUAGAAGAAAAGCACUGCUCAUCUGGCAUGUAGUGGAUAGGUUUCUGAUCAGGCUGAAAUUAAACCAAAUUGAAGAAAUAUCCUCUCUGCGAGACUUUGGCUAAGAAAAAUAUGUUGGUGACAGAAUUGCUGAAAUCUGCUUUAAUAGUCCAUUAGCAGCAGUUGAGCUGCCCAGACACACCAUAUUUAGGUACAUAAUUCUAGAGAUGGUAAGCUGCUGUGCUUUUAUUUUAAUUUUUAUUUACUAAAUGGCCAUAGUUGAUGUGAGAACAAAUUGUGCAAGCUAUGUAAAAAGGUAGCCAAAUAGAUUGGGUAAAGCUGCAAGUGAUCUGCAGCAAGAGAAUUAUGCCUGUAUGGGGGCCAACAGUCUGAAGAGAUCUUUCUGAAACUGAAUAGCAUGGUAGUAGUUCGAACUGAAAGGAAUGAAAGAAUCCCAAAGCUUUCUGCAGUGUUUUCUCAAUAUGAGUAGAACUUGAUCAAACAUUCAUUCUUUGUUUCUGAACACACACAUUUUCUUAGAAUCAUAGAAUUGUGAAGUUGGAAGGGAUCCCAGGGGUCAUCUAGUCCAACCCCCUGCAAUGCAGGAAUCUCAGCUAAAGCAUCCAUGACAGAUGGCCAUCCAACCUCUGCUUAAAAACCUCCAAGGGAGGAGAGUCCACAACCCCCUGAGGGAGACCAUUUCACUGUCGAACUGCUCUUAUUGUCAGAAAGUUUUUCUGUAUGUUUAUUUGGAAUCUCCUUUCUUGUAACUUGAAGCCAUUGGUUCAAGCCCUACCCUCCAGAGCAGGAGAGAACAAGCUUGUUCCCUCUUCCAUGUGGUAGCCCAGGCAUUCCCAAACUUCGGCCCUCCAGAUGUUUUGGACUACAAUUCCAAUCAUCCCUGACCACUGGUCCUGUUAGCUAGGGAUCAUGGGUGUUGUAGGCCAAAACAUCUGGAGGGCCGCAGUUUGGGGAUGUCUGUGGUAGCCCUUGAGAUAUUUAAACAUGGCUAUCAUAUCUCCUCUCAGUCUCUUCUUUUCCAGGCUAAACAUACCCAGUUCCUUCGACCUUUCCGGACCCUUGAUCAUCUUGGUUGCCCUCCUCUGUACGCGUUCCAGCUUGUCAACAUCCUUCUUAAAUUGUGGUGCCCACAAUUCUAGAAACCAGGGAGCUGGAGUAUUAAGUGGCUUGCCAAAGGAUAGUGUGGACAGAGAACUUUCUGACUCCUAGGCUGAAGCCUUUGAUGCUGUACUGUACAAUUAAAUUAGCAUCCUAUUUAGCUGAUUACUAGUUUCCAACUUUUUAAAUGCAAGUCAAAACUUUUUCAUCGAUUUGUGCAAAGCUUUAAUCCUCUUUAAAUAAAUUAGCAUAAGCUAUCAUUUGGGGGGCAUUAAGCUCUUGACCUUCAUCAUAUUGAGCUGCAGUAGAAUUUCACUGUGUGUGUGUUGGGCAAUGGUUGUAGGGAUACUUAUAUUUAUAUUAGGUCUACUGUUUUAUAUAAGCUCUUAUAUAAUGAAUUUUCAUUGCUACUCUUCAAAGUCUUUUACAUUGGGUAUUUUUAAAAUUUCUUCAGUAUCAUUUGCAUCUUCCCAUCUUUCCCACAUAUGGAUGGAAAGUUGAGCUGGUAACUUAAAAUAUGUAUUCGUACUCGAUCUUGCUCAACUAAACCCCAAUCGCACACUACCAGUUUUAAAUUUGCAGUCUUUGAAUAUAACUCUUCAUAGUCAGUGUAUUAAAAGAAAGAAUUGCUGAAGAUGUUAUUCUGUUGUACCUCUCUAAUCAUUCUCUUUUGGGUAUCUAACCUGUCCUCAUUCCACCAGGGCAAGGUGCAGCCCAAUGGUAGUUAAACUAUGCUGGUGCUUCCGCUGGUGGAAGACUAGUCACUGUUCUGUGCUUCCUGAGCAACAGUUCAACAGCACACUAGCAACAUGCUGGGCUUAUAUAGCUCAGUUGGUAGAGCAUGAGACUACCAGGGAGUUGCACCAGAUGACCCUCAUGGUCCCUUCCAACUCUACAAUUCUAUGACUCUAACAUUACAAACCAGUCAUUUGUUUUAUUGUAAGCAAUAGCCUUCAAAAUAUAGCAUCAAACACACAAAGCAUGCAUUAUUUAGUUACAGCAAAUAAAAACUAACCACGGUGGAGAAGAAAAACAACAGGUCUUGGGUAUUCUUCCUAUCACCCCUACUGUCUGCUACAUUCCUGUCUACAAAGCUCCUUCUAAGUUUAGCCACUGAAACCGCAAACGAAGCUGCUUUGAAAAUUAUGCAUUUGUCUACAUCAUUUAACAAAUAUGUAAACUUAACACAGGAAUGGUCAGCCUACUAUUCUGGCCAGAAAAUGGAUCCAGCAAUUCCUUACUAGGAGUGAUUUAGGAACAAAACAGUCCAUACAUGAGCAGGCUCCUCAAUAGCUGCUGGCCUACAAGGGCAAAGCUUUCCUUUACAAGUAGGGUUGCCAUACAUCCGGGAUUUGGCUGUUGGAAACAGUAUCUGGCCAGAAAUCGCUUAAAGGUCCAGGAAAAUUCGGACAUAUGGUGACCCAUGUCAGAAGUGUAGAUUUUGAUGAAUUUCCUUAAAAAUAGCUCAAAAACUACUUUUUUCUUUUUGAGAUCUUGUAAAAAAAGAAAGCUCAACCGCAUGCACAAGGUGCAUCACACUUCUGCCCUAACAAUUCAAGAUUCCAUAGUUUGCAUCUGAAAAGAGAGAGAUAAGACUACAAGGAGGACAAAUAUAGCAAAAGCAGCAACCAUUUCCCUGGACUCCUAAGCAAUUGUACAACCACCGACAAUUCACAAUAUGUCUUCUGGAUAACAUUCCUAUCAACUCUACAUAGAAAGCACCAAUCAGCAUCACAAAUAUAGAGCGUUAGCAGCACAUGUACUAAGGUUGGAACAGGGUUGUUCAUCUGUUAAAUAAUGAAAAUUAGAAGAUUUUAUCCCUUCUACUAGAAAGCAGUCCUCUCCAUUUCUGCAUGCUGGCAGAGCUUGAGGUGAACUCUGCUUUUCGUUUCUUUUUGCUGCAGAUAGAAGUCCCCCCCCCCAGUGGUAUUCUUCCCCACCUUUUCCCCUGCAAGGUCCAACCAUGGUCUGUCAGGAAAGCAAGGGGGUUAUUGUUUAGGAGUAGUAACAGACACACCACCCGGUCACCUCAAUGCAACACAGCCAAGUGGUGUGCGUAGUGAGGCACAUCUGAAGAGAAUUUUGUGUGACCCCAUGUACAACCACCUUAAAGUUAACAUAGUAAUUUAGAGAUGGGGAACCUUGGGCUUGGGGACCAAAUGCAAGGACUCUUCCCAUGCUUCUGGCUUGCCUGGAUGGAGGAGAGAGGAGUGUGUUUAAAGCAAGCCUACUGUACAGAGGUACAUUUCAUAUUCAUUGCUCUGCCCACUUUUGCCUCUGGCCUGCCCACCACUGGUAUAUCAUCCCUGGAAGGUCGCCCAGAAAGCAUUGCACAGCCCUCAGGCUGAAAAUGGUUCACUGCCCCUUGCAAUAAGGGAAGGGCCUUGAGACUGUUUCAGCAUAUACCUUUAUAUAUGAAGCACCAUUUCUCUGUUGAAUUGUAAAGUAAAAAAGCUUCUCAGACAUUGGUUCUGUUCUUACUGGACACAAACCAAGCAAUGUAUGAAGCUCCCUUAAGCAGGGUGGAACUAUUGGUGCAUCUAGCCCAAUCUUGUCUGCUUUGACUAACAACUGCUUUCGGGUCUCCGAUAUAUAGAGUUCUUCCCCAGAUCCUGCUUCAGCUGCUUUUGACUGGAGAUGCCAGGAAUUGAAUGCGAAACCUAUGGUGCGAAGGCAUGUGAAUGCUUGGACACUUCCCCACCACAAGAACUUUUUAAAGUAGCUGUUUCUAUUCAGGCAUUUAGAGUCUAUAACAGGCAUCCCCAAACUGCAGCCCUCCAGAUGUUUUGGCCUACAAUUCCCAUGAUCCCUAGCUAAGAGGACCAGUGGUCAGGGAUGGUGGGAAUUGUAGUCCAAAACAUCUGGAGGGCCGGAGUUUGGGGAUGCCUGCACUAAAGGAUACUGCUUGGAAAAAGCUUACCAAGGGUGUAAUGGAUUAUCCUAUCAAAUGUCAUUCUUCGUGCCCUUCCCAUGCUGUGUUAAUUUUAAGCAUAUGGAAGCUGGAUUGUCCCAGCUGUAAUAUUGACUUUCUUUUUAUUUUUCCAUCCACCAGCAGAUCGAUGGUGAAGCCUUCCUUCUCCUGAACCAGUCAGACAUUGUUAAAAUUCUGAGUAUCAAGCUGGGACCAGCACUUAAAAUAUACAAUGCCAUCCUCAUGUUCAAGACUGCAGAAGAAGACUGAUGCAGCCCCUCCAGGACCAGUCUGAGCCAGGAGAUCAGAGCUGGGAAAGGCCUUCAAAGAACAACUCAGCAGCAGAGAUCCAUGUUACUGAAUACUGAGCAGGCUGGGACCUUGGAAAGGCAGUGGUCUAAUUGCAUUUCAGACUCUGGAACCUGCUGAAAGGAUCCCAAAGAAGUACAAUCCCUUCUGCCACUUGGAAUGGAUUUAGUGGCUUCCCUUCUAGGAAGAGAUUAUUAAUUGUUGUUUUUUUCUAAUUGAAUAUGGGUAUGGUUAAAUUGAUCUUUUGUGAAGAUCUUGAUGAUGCCUCCAGUUAUAAGAGGAAUCCCGGGUAUUGCUGUUGGUGGGGAGCCAAACUGACUAACCUGUUGAUUGUGCCUAAAAGAGAAUCCAAGUUAUCACUGAUGUCUAUGGCGACUUCUUUGUGUGCAGAACUUGGAGAUAGGCUUUAAGGGAACAAGGAAAGAGACAGAUUCUUCAAAGCACUGCUGUUGAAAUCCUCAUCAAACAUCUGUGCUUUUUCCAAAUUAGUUUUGAAUUUUUAUUCUCUUUCAGCUAUUCAAGCACUGGCAAUUAUUAUUUUGGUGUAGCAGGAUUUGUCAGGGGGUGAGGAGUGCCAGGAAUGAAGUCUGACUCCAUACCAUUGAUUAUCAAGCUAUAUUAUACCUGCACUUCAAGUUGUGCAAUUGCAGAGUUUAAGAGAUGAAAUGAAGAUAGGUCUAAUAAAGGCUAUUGGAGAUUGUUCCAACAGAAGAUAAGUCAAUCACGGGUGGAGGGCUCCCCUAACUGAACUGUAGGAAAACUUCUUGAGAGCCAUAAUGAAACUACUAGGGUAUGUUUUAAAUGUUUACAUCCCCCUGUGGUUCAGUGCAAGGAAAGUUUAGGGGUGGCACAUCCCCACUCUGAAGCAUUUUGUUUUGAAACCACAGCUGGUUAAUAAACAGGAGUAUCUAGUGUGGACCAGUUAAGCACAAAGGAGCCAAAUGUACAAGCUACUAAGGACUGCUGCCUUGCAUCCUCCAUUCAGUUCAGUAGUAGCCCCAUCAAAAUACAGUAUAACUUGGGAAGGACACAUGCUCUAAUGUUCCUCCCUUCAGAUGUGGAAGAGUUUAUGAACUCUGUCAUAGAACUCCUCUCUCUCUCUCUCUCUCUUGCAUGCCCAUCAAAGUUACCCCUCAUUCACUGCCCUGGUGUUUAGCAGACAAUAGAAUCCCUUGGACUAGUGUCUCAUCUAAAGCAAAUCAAGCCACCUGUUUAUUUAAUGUCAAGCCAUUUUUAGGGUUGAUAAGUGUUUAAACUUGAGGGAGUAAAAGGGAACUUCUGUAUAGCAUAGCAAGGAUACUGCUCUGUUGUUAGUGUCUUACAUCAUUGACAUGAAGAAUGUGAGCUGGCAAAGGAUGCUCUUCCUAUUGGUCAGUGGUGGUAUGUCUUUCUUUCCUUAUAACUUACCUUAUAAGCAAAUGUGUGACAUUUCUGUGAAGAAUGGUGUCAAGCUUUCCGUUACAUCCACUUCACAUACAUCUCUCUACUUUUGAUCUCCCAACUAUUUAAGAGUCUCUGUAACCUUCCUAAAGUCAAGAUGACAUAAGACUUGUAAAUAGUCCACAAUCCAGGCUGCUGAGUCUGAACAGUAUUUAAUAAAUCUGCAGAGGCAAUAUGUCUCAUAGCUUUCUAUUUUUGUAUAAGAAGCUAAGGAGUUUAAGCCUUCUACAUAGAAGAGCUAUCAUUGAAAGAGUGUGAUAGAGAGAAUCUCUAUUAAUACUUGAGAGAGACAACAGAAGACAGGAUGCCACAUGACUGUUGCAGUAAAGAGAUAUUCCAUAUAACUUUUAUGAUGCUGGGUAAGAGAGGCAUUUUAAAAAAAUAUAUAAUCUAAUUUUAUAAGAGAGUAUAUUUUCCAAAGGACAUUUUCAUCUUAGUUUUCUCUAUGUAUACUUCUGGCAGAUGAGAAGAAACAAUGGGCACCUUUUGCAGGGCAAAAUUAAGGCCACAUAUAUGCAAAUUAUAACUGCAAGUUGCACAUUCAUGCAGUAAAACAGCCCAGGAUAUCUGUUAAUUGCAAGCAGAACUUUUGAGGGAAGCACUCAGUCUAACUGGCGAGCAAGAAACAUGGAAACAGGCUUCUUGGUUUCUUCUCUUGUUCUUGAACUGUCUCUCAGGGCAGCUGUGUACACCUUGUACUUUCUAAGCGCAGGAGCACUCCCACGGAUCCCUCAUACAAUUGGAAAUGUAGCAUGGAAGUAUCAAUUAAUGAAAAAAUGUAAGGACUGCCUAGCUGCUCCCAGCGAUCAGAUCAAACACUCCUGUGUUUAUCAUGCAAGAGGAAAACAGCCCUUGAUAUGACUGACAAGAUUCCGCAACGUUCUGCAAGUUACUUCUCUGCAUAGAUGUGAGGAAGGUUUGUUUGUUUUUGUAGGGCUCAGGAACCAAGUGCUAAUUUAUCCACCAAAAGGGGGCUUUAGGUUGAGGAAUGCUUCCUGACUCACUUCUGUGGUCAUUGCAGCAAUGCAACCACGUGGCACAAAAACGAAAUCCAGGUUCUUUGGCAAAAGAGUGUGCUUUCCAGUCGCCACACACCAAAACUAGUAUAUACUGAGCUUAUACAGAAAACAAAUGUAAAGGCGUCAACAUCUUUAAAGAGGGAUGAAUGCAGCAGCCAGAAUCUAGGUAUAAAAUUUCACCACACAAGAAGGGAACUGAAUUGUUGGGGGGCUCUUAGACAGGUAGGGUAGGAGAAAACAUGAACCUUUUUAUGAAAAACAAUUCACAAGACAGGAUGGUGAGCAACAGAAGAAAAGAAAAGCCAAGCGAGAAUAAACCAGAAGGAUUUUGUUCUACUCUGCUGUUAGCCAUAGUUUUGCAAAGUCAGACUUUUUAAUCUGUUAUUUAGUUGCUGCUCUUCUCAUUUCUGUAUAGAAUUCAAUUUACCCAUAUCUUUCCUAUAACUCCUCUAGGCUGGAGCUGUCCUGCCAAUGCACUUCUGGCACAGUGUAGAAGAAAUCUUCUCCCAGGAGACACAACACGGAGAAUAAGUUGCCACAUUAUUCUUAACCCCAAUGGCCACACAGAGGAGAUAAGAAGUGAUGGCACUGUCCCUCUCCUUUUUAUCUUUUCCUUUUUGUCAACCAUUUGAAUACAUGCUAUUAAUCGUAUAUAAAUACUAAGGUGGUUUCUUGUCAGGAAGGAAGUACACUGGAAGUGUAUAUUUAGAUUGCAUGUCUCUACUUUUAAAACUCAUUUGAAGAAGUGGGGCGACCUAAAAGAGCUUUUUGAUGAAAGCUGCUGCUGCUUCUUGUUUCAAAGGUUUUCAUUUCAUUUCAGUCAGACUGGAUCUUUGUCUUAAAGAACAGCAAUUUUUAUUAAUCCCUAUGCAUUCACUAUGAUACCUGUCACUCUGUAAUAGACACAGUUUAAGGAUUGCUCUUCAUGAACUAGCAAAGCAAGGACAGAAGGUCUCAUUUCUAAAUAUUUAUGUAACUGGUGUAUCAUCUUCUGCCAUUCUAGCUUUCUUUUAGAGAACCAAACUUGGUUUCUUCCUUUAUCACCACCACCCCUUUUCCCCUCUCAGCAGGAAAUCGUAGUUAGAAAAUUUCCAUGCCAUCACAAGCUAUCAUCCUCGUAAUCCGACAGUAGUAGAUUUCAGCUCAGGGUAAUGAAUCAUACCAGAAGCCGCACAGAAGCGCUCAGUGACAGUGAUAGCCGGAACAUUACAAGCGAGGAAGAAAAAUAUUCAGCCCAGGGGAUAAGCGAGUUUGGCUGUGAGACUUCUUGCGUGCCGCUUCCAUGCCUUGGUAAGGGAUUUAUGCCAGAGAAAGCUUUAAAGUUUUUGACAUUCUCUCCAUCAUGUGAUGAUGAGCAAGUUUAUUUUUGAAACACUGUUUUACUUGAAUUAGACAUGCAUGCAAAAGCAGGGAAGCUCUUGGUGGAAUUUUGAUUUUCAGUGUUCAGAAUUAUUUCACUAUUUUAAAUCUUUCUUUCUUUCUUUUUUUAAGGCCUUGAAAUGUUUGCUAUUUUCCCCCCAUCUGUGCAUUGCUCUGAAGAUGUGAAUAAAACACAUUGAUUCAAAA